CCACAGCCAUGAAGCAGUUUAUAGUCUUGUUGUCUAUCAUAGCCGUUUCCGCUGCAGCAUGGGAGCCGGGCCUAAGGAUUAAAUUCAACGUCGGGUUGCGCCCAGGCACGGACUUCUUCUUCGACGUACCGAAGACCGUCGACGCCGCCAUCUCUGAGGGAUGGUCCCUGACCCAACGCAUCAACACCGCGCCCUACCCCUCGCUGGUCCUAUACUGCCCGGCUGACAGAGACCUCUGCGCGUACUUUGACGACCUCGGCUAUAUCGCUGGACUGCAAAUUGCUUUGGCCCAAGACGAGUUUACUGAUGCCAUCUUCGACUGGGAGACACAAGGGUUCACGGAGUGGGUGCCCGCCACCCCCACUGGGGAAAUCAAGAAAUACUGGACCAUCCAACAGUACUUCGUUUCCGAAGCAUAUCUCCUACAAAGCGCAGCAGACCGUGAAGCGAUGCGGAAGGAGGGCGUGCUGCUGCAGGAGGACGCGGUGUGGGUGACCGGCAUCAACCGCGCCAUCGACCGCAUAUCCACCAGCCGUACCGACAUCGAGAACAGCGUCUACACCAGGCAGGCCUGCUUACCUUGGAUGGGUCGUCACUUCUACUACAACAUGUCUGCGGAGACCACCUGCACGGCCAGCACCAUGUACCCGUGGUUCCCGCUGGUGCACUCCGGCCAGCUCAUCGCCACCGGUUUCGUCGUGUUCGGCAAACUGCCCAUUAUCGAGGGCCAGCGCGACUGGUUUGAGAGACCACCCAGACUGGCUGUCCAGGUAAUUGUCCCCCGCGGCCCACAGUGCUUAUACGAUCUGGUCGACUCAGUCGGCUUAUUGACGAUGCAUAUUUACUACGUGGAGAAUCCUUGGACCAUCGGCUGCCUCUUACAGUGAACAUUACAA